UGCUUCAGGAAAGCAGUGGUGGAGCUACGCUAAUGCCACAUGAAGCAAUUGGGCUCAAUUUUACCGGCGCAAAUACGCAUGCAUCAAAGCCUCGGGCCCACACCACCUCACAUGGGCUAGCCCGACUCUUCUCUCCGGCCCAGCCCCCGAAGUUGUCGGAUAAGCCGCGCGCGGCCGCGCCGUCGCCGCCGCAGAAGCAGAACGCCGUCGCCGUCGCCGUCGCCAUGGCGUCUCCCUCCACCGCGUUCUUCCCCCGCGCCGGCCUUCCCCUUCUCCGCGCAACGCCGCUAUUCCGCGUCAUCGCCUCUACCUCGGGCGCCGGGAGCAAGAAGAAGGGCAAGAAGCCCACCAAGAGCGGCAGCAAGAGAGCCAGCCAGGACAAGGAUAGCAAGGCGCUGGAGCCUCCGGCCCCCGUGGUCCGCCGCGCCCCGGCGGGCAGCGCGUCGAUCUUCCAGCAGCAGCAGGAGGCGGCGUCCAAGGCCGGGGGCGCCGGCGGGAAGGGGCCCACGGAGGAGGAGCUGCGGCAGCGGCAGGCCAACGAGAACGCCUUCCUCCUCGCAUGGCUGGGGCUCGGCAUCAUCAUCCUCGUCGAGGGCAUCGCGCUCGCCGCAUCCGGCUUUCUGCCGGAGGAGUAUGACAACUUUUUUGUCAAGUACCUUUAUCCAUCGUUCACUCCAACAGUUGUUCUAUUUUUGGUGGGUACGGUUGGAUAUGGUGUCCUCAAAUACUUUGAAAGUGAGAAAAGCAAAAGCUAGGUAACAACACAAAGGUGGGAACUAGACAUAAUCAUCUUGUGAAUUUCUGUGAUUUACUUAUCCUAAUUUUCUUCAUGCUUUAAUCUACAUUUUGUGAUAUGCUAUGUACUUCCUUGCCGCAAAAAAGCUAUUUUGCCCUAUAACUUGUUUCAUGCAUGGAAUACAUAAAUUUUCUAAAUUAGAUAGGAUGUUGAGGUA